ACCGGAAGUUGUAAGCAAUAACAUUUUGUCAAAGCAACAGGCUCAAGCAGCGUUUCAACAGAACCGUUUGAGUCGUUGGAUUCACGAAAUGAAGCACAACUCGAACGUGCCGGCCUUCCUCACCAAGCUGUGGACGCUCGUCGAGGACGCCGACACCAAUGAGUUUAUUUGCUGGAGCCAGGAGGGCAACAGUUUCCUUGUGUUGGAUGAGCAGCACUUCGCCAAGGAGAUCCUUCCCAAGUUCUUCAAGCACAACAACAUGGCCAGUUUCAUCAGGCAGCUGAACAUGUACGGAUUCCGUAAAGUGAUGCACAUUGACACAGGCAUCGUGAAACAAGAGAAAGACGGCCCGGUGGAGUUUCAGCACCCCUACUUCAAACAUGGACAGGACAACCUAUUGGAGAACAUCAAGAGGAAGGUUUCCAACACUCGACCAGAGGACAACAAGAUUCGACAGGAAGACCUGUCCCAGAUCCUGGCAACUGUUCACAGUGUUCACAGCAAACAGGAGAACAUCGACGCCAGGCUAGGAACACUCAAGAGGGAAAAUGAAGCUCUGUGGAGGGAGAUCUCCGACCUGCGACAGAUUCAUGCCCACCAACAGCAACUCAUUAAAAAGCUUAUCCACUUCAUCGUCACAUUGGUUCAGAACAACCGCAUCCUGAAUUUAAAACGCAAAAUGCCAGUUCUUAUGAACAGUAAUGGAAAGAAGCCCAAAUAUAUUCAUCAGAUCUACGAUGACAAAGUGUGCGAGGAGCAGAUGUCUGUCAACAGUCUGAGCGGCUCGAAAGGCUCCAAGGUAUCGGAUGAUGUCAUCAUCUGUGACCUGACGGAGAGUGACGGCGAGGUGGUGGCGGAAGUUGCAGACGAGUUACCCAGAGCCCACGAGCAAGGCGACAUGGACAUCGUAGAAGUGGAGCUGGACAGCUGUGCGUUGCUAACGGCUGAGUCGGAGGGGAGCGCCUCGGCCACAGAUGACUUCAGACACGCGGAGGCCGGUGGAUCAGCAGACGACAGCAGCGCCCUGCAGCUCAACAAAGCAUCUGGUCCGAGUCUGGAGGACCCCCUCAAGAUAAUGGACUCCAUACUGAAUGAAAACGGGGCAAUAUCGCAGAAUAUCAACCUGCUGGGCAAGAUGGAGCUGAUGGACUAUCUGGACAGUAUCGACUGCAGUCUUGAGGACUUCCAGGCCGUGCUUUAUGGAAAACAAUUUGGCUUGGACUUUGAUGCCUUCGAGGAGGGCGUGUCUUCCAAAGAGUUCACGACCCAGCCAAACAGAGGGAGGGCGGAUGAAGCCAACACUGAUAAGCAGUUGAUCCAGUACACCUCCUGCCCCCUGCUGUCCAUCCUCGAUGGCUGCAUGACCCACCAAGAGCUGGACCCGGGUCCCAGCACCUCCUCCGCCCGCCUCCAGGCCCCUCCCAGCCCUGACGCGUGUGUGGAGGCUGAGCCACCGACAGAACUGCUGGACGCUGGCCUUGAGUUGAAGCAGCCAGCCCGCAGCUCCCUGAUCCGCCUGGAGCCUCUGACCGAGGCAGAGGCCACAGCCGAGACGCUCUUCUACCUGUGCGAACUGAGUCCCGCGGGAGCGGAGGGCGACGCGGCCGCGCUGGACAGAGUGUGAGAAGGGAUGUGGCGUCAUGGACAGUGCUGCCAUGGAGUGUUGAUAUUCCCCUUGCCUCUGUUGGGGGGGGGGCACGUUGAGAAUCAAAGACGGAAACACCAGGUUGAAGAAUAGAUGUAGCGACUCCCAUGUACGCAUUUUUACAUUUAAGGCUUUGGCAUUUAUGAUAACAAUUGAGGGACAAAAAUAAGGCACAUUCUCAUCAAAUGUAGGGUUCUAAGUUUGUAAAACUAAUAUAAUUACAAGUUCUGCGUGGGAAAAUUCACCCACUUUGCAUCGAUAUUAAUCAAACUGCUCAUAGGAACAUCUGUACGUAUUGGCAACUUCAGCCAGCUUCAUGAAAGUACAUAAACUAAAAAAAUUUAAUUUGAUAACUUUUUUUGUUGUAGUUGGUCAAUAAAUAUUUUGACUCUAAAUAGGGGAAAAAGAAUUGCCUAAACACGUUGCCUUUUUAUCCAUCAGCCUUUGCAUAGAGGUAAAGUCUGCACGAACACACGAGGGGGCAAAUGGGUAUUUGUGACUUAAUGUUUUCCUAAAUGCAAAGCUCUCAAAUGUAUAAAUGAUGCAGCGUAACGAGCACUCAAACUCACCUGGAUUCAUAUUUAGUCUCCUCUUCAUCUUCACCUUCACUGACCAACCUGUAAGAACACCUUUUGUUUGUACUUUGAGAAAUGUAUUUAUUUUAAUAUGUGUUUUAGCUUUUGCUACGUUUCUGUCCAGAAAGCUGGGACACUGUCAAUGUAGGCUCGUGUUCAACCCGGGCUCAUUUAUGAGACCUGGGACAAACUAAAACCCUGUUAAAGAGCUUCAAAACCGUGACUACGAGAUGCUGCCGUCCAGUAAGAAAACAUUCGGGACCAAUUGAUGUCUCGCCCCAUUUUUUGGUGUUCCAUGUAGCAAUUCUCAGCAUACUUAAACAGUAAUAAGGAGACCUGUUAGUCCCACUUCUCAAGGAUUACACAUCAGCCAGAAACAUGGAUUCAGCACAUUUUGUUACAAUGCGUCAUUUGUGAACCCCAAAGCUGCCUCUUCAGAAACCGAGGGAGUGGUGUGUACUUUAGUCUAAUCUGUAAAUGAACUUCAGUGCACUUCUGUGGUGAAAAGAGAGUGCCCCUGUCUUUGGGUUGCUUCACACUUUACAUGUCAGAUACUGGUUAUUUUAAUCACCAACGUCUCGUGACUUCUCUGUGACAGGAACACUUCCCACGAGUGGUUUGUCAUUGUCGCAGUUAGACAAUAAAAGCAAAUGCUACAGUG